GAGCAUUAAAAAAGAAACCCCAAUUAUUUCACUAACAUAGACUAGGCUAGGAGUUGAAGUAUGGCUGAUGCACCUAGCGCCAAUGCAUUAGAUUUCUGGAGCGACACAAUCAAGGCGUAUGAGCCGCUCCACCUGCCUUAUCCGGAGCUCACCGUUAAGCGGCUACAGAAGCCACCCUUUCGAUUUAUUUAUGACAUCGUGACUGCUAUUAACAUGCGCUUUUCCGCCUAUGACCAUGUCAUUCCUGAUGAGUUUAACGACUCCUCAAACAUAGACACGAAGGAGAAAAAAAUCGAAUACCUUCGGAUUCUCAUCGACUACGUUUCGAAACUCCUGAAUAUUACGCUUAGUGUGAACCCUAAAAAAGUCAUAUCUGGGCAUGAACCAGAGAAAACUAACUUAUUCUUGCAAUGCUUAGCAAAUGCCUGUAGGCUUGCCCAGCAAGAUAGGGUUAAAGCUAAUACAAGGCAGUCGAAUAGCGUAGUACCAACUGAACCAGAAUCGAACCCCCUCCAUGUUUCGUCUCCCAUGAAAGUGGCUGCCUUUGAGGGCCGAGAGCUGCUACCACGACGGAAAAAAAGCAGCCAAUCUGCGCUGCAACUCCAGGAAUCCUGUAACCAGGCUAUAGCGAAUUCGAAGGCAUUUACCAUUAAGCUCUCUGCGCUUUCGAUAAACGUGCAGGGAAAGGAGCAGCAGAGCAUCAAAGAAAUGGGAAAUAGCAUCGUGAAUAUGUGGAAGGAACUGCAGAAUCCCAAAACGGAUGUUGCAGCUUCUCCCUUAGCAAAAGAUGCGCUUGCGGUGGCUAUUAAGCGGCAGAUGGAUAAACUUAAACAGCUACAGGAACUAAUCAAAGAAAGUGAUGUGAUUAUUGAUAAUCUCGAGUCUUUUCUUGUUUAAUUACGAUACGAUGGUUCGAAUUUCAUAAAUGAAAUUAAUAAUUCGAAAAAAAAGCAACAACUAAAACGAUUUAUGUAGUAUAUCUUGUUCAAUCGGUUUCAUUGCGUUGACAAUUGCAAGGCAGAUGUGGUGCGUAGGGGGUGGCUAACGAUUGGGU